GUUGGUGCACAUGAAAACAUCAGUGAAUGUAAUGCUGGAGACCGGGUUCGCAAGGAACAUAACCGCAGCCCCGGAGAGCAGCUUGGGGUGGCCGGUGAACCUUCGAUUUCAAUCAUCUACGUGUACAGUUUCAGAGAUUGAAGACUUUCGCUUUGGCAACCAAUGACGGCGUGGUCUUGAUCGUUUCAAACAAAGAGGUAGACGUGGCUAAUAUAGACACGCACUGCAGAAAUGGGAUGUUUUUGAGUUUCUACAAUGUUCAAAUCAUUGUGCAUUCGGUUUAAUCCAUCAAAACGUGAGAGUUUGGUAUUUGUGUGGUUUUGUUUAAUGAGUGUGACUAAUGAUUUACCAUUCACUACCUGGAUUCUACAAGAUAUUACCACAUAGAAUCGGUUUUCCAUCUAACCUUCUGGCGACAUCUACCUGACGACAUGCAAUGAAGCACAUGUUCUGCUUCUUAUGCCCAUAUUUUGUAUCAUAUUCAAACCCAUUCAUUUAUUUAUGUAUUUAUUGUUGAAUGUUUAUUUUAUUUUUAUUUUUAUCUUUGCACAUCUUACGGUGGCACAUAAUUUUUCAAGUCUUCCUUUCUAUUUGAAAUAUUGUUUAAGAACAAUUUAAACACUACAUAACAAAUCUAUGGUGUAGUUUUAUUUAUUUUUUCUACAGAAUAAUACCAUUAUUUGUAUGCAUGCAAUUCAUGAUGAUAUUACUGUAUAAUUAUAUCAACACUUGAGGCUCUAUAUUUGAUGAUUCUAACCCAAUAAGAAUAAAAAAUAAAUGUUUGUUUUGAUUGUCGGCGUUCUCGGAGCAUCAAACCUCAAGCAUCUCAGAUUGCCAUCUGCUCGCAGAUGAAGGUUCAAUCGAAAGAAGGCGGAGUUAAGGAAAAGUUGAGCGUGAGUUUGCAAGGGUGUGGAGAAUUUGCAGAGGAGAAUCCCAUGGAUAUUUGUCUCAACAAAUAGCAUCGCGGUAGACAUCUGUAAUUGUGCUCUUCAACCUUCAUCUGCACCUCACUCACCCUGCGUGCUUUCUCUAAUUCACAAUAUUCAUUUCUGAUGAGUACGCAAACAAACAUUUGUCUGCUACUUUGGUGCGCAAUGGGCUAGACUUCCUUAAAAAACACUCUACUGCGAUCCAUUCUACCCUGAGUUGCAAACCAUGUCAGUGAAAGCUUAUCACAGCGUAACAAUGCAAGAGGGCAAGACGCCCACGCUCCUUGACACACAGACACACAUUCACAUUACGCCAUUCUUCAGUGUGACGAGAACAACCCCUACUUACAAUACAGCGCUCUGGCUUUUGGUUCUGAGAUUCCAUGCAAAGAUGCGUGUAAUCUUUGCGUAGAGCUGUUAGAACCAUGGCUAGACCGACAACCCGGCGCCGGCGUUACUCGGAGAUGCAGAGCUUAGGAUGGGUCUCGAGCGGGUGAAUCUAUCUCGAUGUGGGUGCGACGUGAUUUGUAGCCACGACAAGGUCAACCCCACAACGGCGAAGCUUGAGGAGUUACAGGAUCCCUGCGCCGAGGUAACACUGGAUGAAGGGUUCGAGAAUGGCGUGAGCUUGUUGCCCUGUCUGAGCCGGGAUGGUUUUGGGAGUGCUACGUGAUUUUUCGUCACUGGUGUGCCACAUUUGCACAUGAAAUCCAUCUCUGUGUUGGCUCGCAUAGACCAUUUCCUAGAACCGAAUUGUCGUUAGAAGUAGCCAUCUAGGAAGCGCACAACAUAGAGGAGCUGUGGGUGGAGGGGAGAGAAGGCGUGGAGAGCCGGCUGUGCCGAGGAGUGUGCAUCAGAUUGUGGCGCAGUUGCAUAGAGUGUCGGGAUGGGCAUUUCAGUUUCAGAGUGCGUCUUUUAGAAAAUCAAUCGAUCGGCUGCGGAAGUCGGCUCUCCUCCGACGAUGGCCCUCUCUUUUCGGCAGAAACAGCUUGGUAAUGCUACUUAUUGAAUGCCCAAAGAUGAGUGGUAUCUGGCCAAUGAAAUUGUGUUCGGAUUUAAUGAUAAUGUUCUCUCUCGAUGUGUGAGUUCACUUGGAUGAUUCUCUGAAUGCUAUAUUGGUCGUAUGUUUAAUUUGGUUAGCUGCAUGUUCUCGUGAAGUUCCAUGGAAAAGAAAUUUAGAGUUGAAGAUUUGAGUCUGUGUUACAGGGCGUAAAUCUUAAAGAUGUAUGGAUGGAUACUGCUAGGGAGACUCAUGUUGGAUUUCUGUGGCAACAUCAGAAAUACUAGAACAGUUUUUGGUGGUUUUAGGGUAUAUUGCAUAAUUUGAAUUCUUACUGAAUGCAAGUCUAUGAAAUGUGAUGCAUGACUAUCAUUCUGUGCAAGUAUGUGAGGUUCAUAUCACGUGCUUGCGUUAGUAUCACAGUGACAGUCAACUGGGCAUAAUUUUGAGCUCCUCGGGAUAAAACUAUGGUUUCGGAAUGACAGAUCGAUGAUCACGUAGGAAUUAGUCUUUUGAUUCAUAGAAUAAGCUUUUUUCCUGAUGGGAUUUCCACUUCCUCUUUGUUUCCCGGCUUCUCGGAGAACUGUUCAAGGGAUAAAUGGUUGUCUGGCGCAAGAGCUCAAGCCCCAUAUAUUCUGUUGAGGUUGUAAGCCCCACAAAUUGACAAUUGCGGAUUCGUCCCGAUGCGGUGGUGCGGAUGUUGAACCUUAAUUACCCAAUCUUAAGUGGGGGCACAGCAGACGAAGAGGUUUACAAGGUUCUGAUUUAUGACCAUUUCUGUCGCGACAUUCUAUCCCCACUAAUUCGCGUCAACGCCCUGAGAAAACAUGGCAUCACUCUGUACUUGGGGCUAGCCAAGGAGCGGCAAAAUGUUCCUGACAUGCCAGCUAUUUACUUUGUUCAACCACUGCAGGCAAAUAUUCAAAGAAUAAUGCUUGAUGCAUCUCGAGGGAUGUACGAAGCCUUCCACCUCAAUUUUUCGUCAUCCCUUUCCUGGUCGCUCUUGGAGGAGCUUGCUAAGGAUACGCUCAAAACAGAUUGUUUCCAGAGGAUCGCUAAGGUUUAUGACCAGUAUCUUGAGUUUGUGACGCUUGAAAAUGGAAUGUUCUGUCUUGCUCAGCCUCUUUCAUAUGUGCAUCUUAACGAUCCUGCUGCCCAAGAACAAGACGUGCAAGCCGUGAUUGAAGGCAUUACUAAUGGACUGUUCUCUGUCCUUGCAACUUUGGGGGUUGUUCCUGUAAUUCGAUGUGCAAGGGGUGGACCCGCAGAGAUGGUAGCUGGUAUUCUUGAUGGACGUAUACGAGACCAUCUUGUUUCUCGAAAUAACCUCUUCACAGAGGCUGGGCAUAUGGGCUUUUCUUUCCAACGACCUGUCCUCUGUUUAUUCGAUCAUAAUUUUGAAUUAUCAGUGGCUGUACGGCACUCCUGGAGCUAUCGUCCACUUGUGCAUGAUGUCUUAAAUAUGAAACUGAAUCGCGUUCAAGUUGAAGGGGCCGGUUUAGGCUCGAAGGGAAAGAGCGGUGUAAAUACUUAUGAACUUGAUGAUAUCGACUCGUAUUGGGUUGCAAAUGCAAACGCUCUGUACCCCAAAGCAGCUUAGGAAGUUGAUAAUCUAUGAAAAGGUCAGUUUUUGACCAACUAAUGAACGCAUGAUGCUCAUCGUGUUUGGGGAAUGUAUCGUGUUUGGUAAUCUCGCCAGGAUUAAUAUAAACUUUUUGUUAGUUCCGUCAGAUCCUUGGCUGUGAAGGAAAACAUGUGAUUAUGGAUGUACUCCACGAUGAUUCUUGAAAUGUUUAGGUGGAGGCAAGAUAUCCAGGAGGUAAAAAAGGAACCACGGAGCAGUGCUGAUGUUAUUGAUGAUGCUGAAUUGUUGGGUAGUGCGAAGCAGUUCGCGAAUGCAGUGAACUCAUUGCCAGAGCUUACUGAAAGGAAGCGGAUAGUUGACAAGCACACACUUAUUGCCACUGCUCUUUUAAAGGAAAUUAUGAAUCGUUCUCUAGAAAGCUUCUCGUCAAUCGAAGAGGAGAUGCUCUCAAAAGGCAGUGUUGAUAAAGGCUUUAUGGCACAUCUUCAAGGUAAAGGCACUAAAGAAGAUAAGUUGCGGCUAGCUGUUGUACAUCUGCUUGCAGUAGAAACCUCUUCUCCAGCAGAGGUUGGAGCUGUUGAAGCAACCCUUAGAGAAUGUGAGGUGGAUCCCUCAGCAUUCCUUUAUGUCAAGAGAAUCAAGUCCCCAAGCGCCUCGUUGUCUUCUGCUCAAGCCGCAAACAGAAGUAAUCUUGGUGUAUGGGGAGGUCAGUUUUAUGAACAGGCAUUGAGUUCAAUUACUGCAGGUGUCAAGAACUUGCUCUCAGGGGGUAGGCAAGCAGCCCUUAUUCGCGUCGUGGAAGCUCUGAUGGAGGCUAAAUCAUCUCCUGGAACUGAUUCCUACCUUAUAUUUGAUCCGCGAGCUCCAAAAGGAUCGGCUGGUGCUGAUAGUGUUUCCCAGGGACCAUUCAAAGAGGCAAUACUUUUUAUAAUAGGGGGAGGAAAUUACCUCGAGUAUGGAAGUUUGCAAUUCUCCCAGCAAUAGCAACCGACGAAGAACAUUAUCUAUGAAAGUACCGAGAUACUGUCAGGAAAUGAUUUCAUUGAACAGCUUGCUACGUUGGAUAGAAAGAUGGGGGUUGUAGGAUCUACAGUUGCCUCAUCUUCCUAGAAUGUGAAGAUUUUUUGUCAUUAAUUCACCCCUUCAUUUUUGUUUUUAUCCCUUUUCGCUGAUUGGGGUAUGCUUGUAGUUAGAAUUAGGUCGUUAGUUCACUGCAACGGUAACAAUACUUUGUAAGUCCAUAAUGGAAGGUAGUUUUACAUUUUUUGUUUAUUUAUUAAAUUAGAAGUUUAGGAGAUAAUGUAAUCACUUAGGGUACAUAAUGAGAACUCUGCGAAAUUCGUAGCAGCUUUACUGUA